ACAGGAGGUACCCACUUUGGUAUUAGCUCCGAAGUGCAUCGGUGCUUUUACGGAGUGGAACGAACGCUAAACCGUUCUCUUUUUCCCACCGCAUCUAGGCUCACACAUGUCGCAAGAACGCCUCUUUCCCAUGUCUCUAUGCUGUAUUCCACCCUUUUCCCCUGCAGACAUGCUUCAGAACUCUCUAAAGUGACUGUUACAAUCGAUCUAUACGUGUAAAUUCGUACUGACGGAGCUGACGCCAACCCACCCAACGUUCGAUACGGCAUAAAACCAGCUCGUAGUUCAACGGCGCGUCGACUUCUUCACCUCCACCUCUUCCAAAAUGGACUUGGCCCAGGGAGCAGGCGUCUCGACGGCCACCACCAGCAACAGCAACGGCAGCUAUAAUGGCACCACCGCCGCCAGCUCGGACACUGUCGCCCCGAGGUCAAAGGUCAACAGUGCCUGCGAGGCCUGUAGACUUGCCAAGGUCAAGUGCCAGCCCAGUGAUCGAAGCGGCGUCUGUCGAAGGUGUCUCGAGUUCAGGCGCGAGUGUGUUUUCCGCACCGGUCCUCGAACACGCCGUCCUCGCCAGUCGAGACUGAAUCACACAGCUCCCCGUCGUCCUCCCCCUGCGGGGCCCUCCCAGACAUUCAGUAUCAACUUUGACAUGCCCGCUCCGGACAACGCUUGUCCUGCCGCACUGGAGUCCCUCGCCCAUCGCCACGCCUCUUACAUCGACAGUCUUCUUCCCCCCGAUGAUACUCACAUUCACACCCCCAUGUUCGACGACCUCAUGUUCAACGCCCUUCACUCAUUCCAUCACCCCGGAGGCUUCGCCCCGAGCCCUCCCCGUUCUCAUACAUCGUCCUCCCACUCUAAUGACCGUCCUCCAUCAAAUACAAACUCUGAUUAUCACUCGCAUGCUCACUUGUCUCCUUCUGGCACAUCCUCGUCCUCUUCCAGAGAUGCUGCGGCCGGCACCCCUGGGCCAUCCUUGGGGAACAGCACCGCCGUCCCUUCCACCGUCUCCAUCUCGUCCAUUGGCCUCAAGCCACAGUUCAACCUGGACUCGGCGUCCCGCCUCCUCGACUGCUUCAGACAGAUGGUCCCUCAUUUUCCCUGUAUUGUUCUCCCACCAGGCGCCACCGUCCAGUCCCUGGCCAAGUCUCGCCCGUUCGUUCUGCUCGCCAUUCUGUCCGUGGCUUCGGGCGCCGGCUCCCUCCAGGGACACACGCUGUACGACGAUGAAUUCCGCAAGAUUCUCGGUCUUAAGUUCGUUGCGUGCGGUGAGCGCUCCGUCGAAUUGCUUCAAGGCCUCCUCAUUUACUGCGCUUGGUAUCCCUUCCAUCUAAGGCCCAAGAACAAACAGGCCUUUCAGUAUGUCCGAAUGGCCGCCGAAAUAGCACACGAUCUAGACCUCGUCCAGCCGCCAGCCGAGACCAUCGUCACCGCAGACUCCCCCGUUACCCCUGAGCAGAUCGACGGCAUGCGCACCUACCUAUCCUGCUACUAUCUUGUGUCAUCUUUUGUUGCUACUUGGGCCAAGUUCUCUGCCCUUGGCCUCGAGUAUACGCAAUGGACUUCCAUCUGCUGCGGCGUACUGGAGCGCCGCUCUGAUGUCGAGGGAGACUCCACGUUAAGCUGGCUCGUUCGCUGUGCCCAUAUCAUUGAGGAGACGUGCAAGCUUGACCGUCCCGGUCCUGACGUUGAUGAUAAGAAAUCCCGCUUCAUGCUGCUAGGUCUUGAAUCCCAGUUCCGCGAAUGGUGCAGCAGGAUUCCUUCGACUUCCAUGCCAAGUGGAUCUGCCCUCCAUAUCAUGACAGGUUUCACCGAACUAUACCUUUACGCCUCUCCCCUUCUCCGCUUGGGCAAGCCAAAGAAGGCUCAGCCCGGCCUAUGCGGUGCACCACUGGAAAUCGAUCCUGAUCGCCUCUUCCAUGCGCUUCCGAUUCUCCGCCGCCUCCUCGACGCAUUCGCCGCUCUGCCGUCCUCUGCCUUGAUCCCCCUGACAUCGAUUGACUGGGGGAAGUUUGUCCAGGUGACAAUACUGGGCCUUCGUCUGUCAAUGCCCCUUCCCGGGUGCCCUGCCUGGGACGACGCUUUCGCGCGGCAGCAGCUCCGGUUCGGCGUCUUCUUGGGGCGUUUUAGCCAGGGGGAUGGACGCGAGACGAAGGGCUUGAUGCCUCCAGGCGUAGCGACAACCGGUACGAACGUGGUUGCCGCCAGUCGUAUCGUUUUUGGCGUGGUGCGGCAGAAGUACGAGGGCAGAUUGGCGAAGCUUGGGCAAAAUAAGCCGGCGCCGAAAUCCGCGCUCGAUGUGCAGAGUCAGCCACAACCCGAUACCUCAUCGGCAGCUCAGGAUCUAGCUAUGACGAUCCCAACAGCAACGAGACUCCGCGGGUGUCCGAUGUUGGAUGGCAGCCUCGACGGGUACAUACCGAUGUGGGACCAGGACCUUGAGGCACCGCCGAUGCUGUCGGGACUCCUGAGCUGGGAAAACCUUGAGGGAGGUCUUGAUGCAGGUGGCUUGUCCGGCAUGGACGCUGGGGACACCCUGCUUCAAGAUAUGUGGACAACCACCGGGUGGCCACAAGGAGAAGAAAUGAGUUCUAGACCUUCGGAUCCAAGAGACCCGGAUAGGAUAUGAUCUAGUCAUGGUUCUAGGUUAAACCCGGUGUACACUUGACAUAUAAGAACGGACCGGAUGAGCCAUGUUGGGAUAAUGUUGGGCUUCAUUUGGUCGGUGAAUAACAGAUGGGAGUUCACGGCUGGGCUACAUGCAUGCCUCCGGCUCUGGCUAUACGGAUCUUGGAGGCAUCUGAACAUGCCGGACUCCGCACGACAGCAGACCUGCACAGGACAGCUGCCGAUGAAAUAAAUGAGAGUUUCUUCCUAGACCAAGCACCUGGGGGGUUUUUUC